CUUUUUUGUGUAAUGACCGGAGAUUCCCACACAACACGUGACCACGCCGUGUCUGAAACGUCACGGUUCCGUCGUCUCGGUCGUCCAGAGACCACAGAACCCAGAGGAGGUGGAGGAGGAGUACAUGUUGGCAGCUACUCCGGAAUAAACUUACUUCAGAUUUUAAAGCAGAGUGAGCUUUUCUCCGCGUCAUGUCCGAGGACAAAAGUAGAUACCCGAUAAUGGGUGAGAGCAAUCCACUUCAUAAUGAUGUCUAUGGACCCCCUCAGCCAGGGUUUGGGGUGCCCCCUCCUGACUACAGUCAAGCCCCAGGAGGGCCAUACCCACCAGCGGGUGGAUAUGGACAGCCCGGCUUCCCCCAGGCAGGCCCAGGUUUUGCUCCCGGUCCCUACCCUCAGAUGCCCUACCCUCAGAUGCCCUACCCACAGGGACCGUACCCUCAGGGGCCAUAUCAGCAAGGACCUGCACACCAAGGCUUUCCUGGAGACCCCAUGGCAGCACCUGCAGGUAGCCCUGGUUACCAUGGUGACGUGCCUCCAUCUUAUUAUGACAACGAUGAGUUCACCAACUCUGGCUUGGAGGACAAGAACAUCCGACAAGCCUUCAUCAGAAAAGUCUUCAUGGUUCUCACUGUGCAGCUGCUGAUCACUUUCUCCUUCGUUGCUAUCUUCACCUUUGUCGAUGAUGCCAAGAUAUUUGUGCGUCGUAAUGCGUGGACGUACUACGUGUCCUAUGCAGUCUUCUUCGUGUCUCUGAUCGUCCUCAGCUGCUGCGGAGACUUCCGCCGUAAGCACCCCUGGAAUUUGGUUGCUCUGUCCAUCUUGACGUUGAGCCUCUCCUACAUGGUGGGUAUGAUUGCCAGCUUCUAUGACACAGACACCGUCAUCAUGGCUGUGGGCAUCACCGCAGUGGUUUGCUUCACUGUUGUCCUCUUCUCACUACAGAGCAAGUAUGACUUCACUUCCUGCCGGGGCGUGCUGUUUGUGUGCCUAAUUGUGCUGUUACUCUUCUCCAUCCUGUGCAUCUUCAUUCGUCACAAGAUCCUGCACAUUGUCUAUGCCUCACUGGGGGCGCUGCUCUUCACCUGCUUUUUGGCUGUUGACACUCAGCUUCUCCUGGGCAACAAGAAGCUGGCCCUGAGUCCAGAGGAAUACAUUUUUGCUGCCCUCAACCUCUAUACUGACAUCAUCAACAUUUUCCUCUACAUCCUGGCAAUUGUGGGACGCUCCCGCGAAUGAAGCAGCACCUCCAGGAGAACAGCUGGGAGGUGGAGAACACCUUCCCUUAUUGUGAAAUGUUGCUGAAGUGCCCCUUCUCUCUGACUUUAUCACUUUAUUGAAUCCUUUUUGUUUCCUCUCCCAUCACGGAGUUCUGUUUUUAAGAGGUAGUGGGUGCUGUGAAGAUGAUGCAGCCAGUCUUAACAGUCAGCUGAGAGGGGCACUAUUUAUUUAUUGAAAUAAAAAUAUUGCCAUUAAUGACAGACCAUAAUGAUCUGUCCUCACUUUUGACCAUUGUGCUUGCUCUAACUGUCCUCUGCUUCUAUUAACACAUAUGGCUAUGUCUACAUUACCUACACCUCGACUUCUAGUAUGGCAGAAUAAAACAUAUAAACCUGUGGGUGCUCGGCUCUCAGCCUGGCUCUGCUGCAGAAGUUAAAUAGAAAAAGAACAGGGGUGAUUGACACCAACAUUGACACCAACCAGCUUUGCCUGAAGAGAAGUUAGUAUUAGAAAUGCAGUCCUUCAAAUCUGUCUGUUUUCACAAACUUAUGUCGCUCCCUUUCAGCCUGCUGGUGUGAAGUAACUCUGCAUGGCAAACUGGAAACACAACUAAAGACGUGGUAUGGUUAUAUACAACUAUCAGAGGAAUGCCUCUAGCUUGCUUGUCACAGCUGUAAAUAGUUAUGUGUUUUACUGUAUAUGAUGCCAGUAUCCCCCCUACCUCUGAGAGGCAUGCUGGAGCAAUUUAUAUGGAUGUGUUCAGCAAUGAAUAGGCUGUCUUGGAAUGGCAUAAGAAUGAAGCUCAAUGUUGGAUGUAUAUAAACAUAAAUUAAUAUAUAAUUACAUUUUUUUUUCUAAAAGCUGAGAUGUUCUCUUAUUUCUCUUCCUUUGUUUUUCCUUUAUUUUCCUCACAGUUUACUCUUGUUUGGUCAUUAAUGUGAAGUGAAGAUUUACUGGUUUGUUUUUGUUUUUUUGUCAUUGUGACUAAUUACUUUAGGCUCUGCCAUUUCUUUCCAUGAUUAAAAAUGUAUGUGAAGUAGACAGGUAUUGUGCUUAAAGGACAUGAGACUUUGAACUUGUGGUAGAUAACGGGGCUUCUUUAAAUUCAGUGUGAGGCACAGAGGAGAAGAAUCUCAGACUGUAACUUCCUUACGCGACAGGAUUUUGAAACCAUUACAUGCUGUUUGAAAUCUUAAAGUGAAACUCUCAAAUCUUAAUGCACUUGAAGCCAAAAUACUCCUACAUGCAAGGACACUGAAGAUGAAUUAUAUAUUUAACAUGAAUAUUUUUAUUCUCUAACUUAUUUUGAUCUUUCACCUCUUGCAUGACCCUUUCCUCGUUUGCAUGUGCUGAAAAUGCACACAGUACAGCUGUUCUUGUUUUGGGGACACACUAUUGUAUUGCAGCCCCAUUAGACUAUUUUUUUAAAUUGUUGUGUUUGUAUCCAACUAACACGUGUAUAUAGAUCUCCUUAGUGGUUUGGUGUGUAUAGAUAAAGUAAGUUUUGGCUUUGUAGGUCUGUUUGCAUUGUAUAUUUGCAUCAAAUCAAAGUUAAAUUGAAUUCCCCCACACAGCUGUUGGCUUUUCAUUAAAACAAAUACAGUGAUUAAAAAGGUUGAGCUUUG